GCAAGAAAGUCCUCCUAGAAGGCUGUGUCCCCCCUUUUGAGCCAUGGGGGAUCCCUCCGAGCCCCCUUCCGGGCAGUACCCCAACCGCAGGAGUUUCCAGGCCUCAGAGCAGCGGCACAGUCUGGAAGCCUCUCAGCCGCAGGCUGCUGUCCCAGAAGGGGCCCCGCAGAUGCUGCCUGCGCAGCAGCGGGGCAGUCAGGGCAUCCCCAGCAUGCGCUGGUCCGAGGGGGCCAGCCUGCCGGAACAGGAGGACUGGUUGAUGUCCCAGACCUUCCAAGCUACGGGGACCCCCAUCGCCCACACAGAACACCCCAGCUUUCCCUUGGGGUUCCAGACCCAAGCUUACCUGGAGGACGGCAGGACCCUGGCUGGCAGGACCCUGGCCGGCGAAUACACCACCAACCUGAUGCUGCAGCAGCUGCAGCAGGGCCAAGGUGGACUCCUCCAGCAACUGGAGCCAGCCUACCAACCGGCAGGUGCCAGCUUCCUCAGCCAGUUCGACAGCUACCACAGAGAAAACCAGCCCUUCAAGCUGGGCACGCAGCACAGCUUCUACCCAAGGGACGACCCUGCGACCCCGACGUUCUCGCUCUCAGAGCAGGGCUUCCUGUACUACAGUCCUGAGGUGCCUGAGCCCCCACCGCGGGAGCUGGCGGUGCAGAAUGCCAAGGCCUACCUGCUGCAGACCAGUGUUGGCUCGGACCUCAGCCUGUACGAGCACCUGGUGAACCUUCUGACCAAGAUCCUGAACCAGCGGCCCGAGGACCCCUUGUCUAUCCUGGAGUCUAUGAACCGCACCACGCAGUGGGAGUGGUUCCACCGCAAGAUGGACACGCUACGGGAUGACCCCGAGAUGCAGUCCACCUACGAGAUGGCGGAGAAGCAGAGGGGGCUGUUCAUCCAGGGCGGCGGAGAUCGUGAGCAGGACAUGGAGGAGGAGGUGGCGGAGACCGCGGUGCCCAAUAUCAUGGAAACAGCCUUCCACCUGGAGCAGGCCGGCGUGGGGCUGAGCGUGGAGGAGAGCUUCCGCAUCUACCUGGCGCUGAAGCAGCUGGUGGAGCAGCAGCCGGUGCACACGUGCCGCUUCUGGGGCAAGAUCCUGGGGCUGCGCCGCAGCUACCUGGUGGCCGAGGUGGAGUUCCGCGAGGGCGAGGAGGAGGGCGAGGAGGAGGAGGGCGAGGAGCUGCUGGAGGGCGGCGACACGCUGGAGCAGCCGGGCGGCGAGGAGGAGGGCGAGGAGGACGAGGAGAAGGUGGCGGACGCCGUGCCCAAGCCGCAGUGGAAGCCGCCGCCCGUCGUGCCCAGGGAGAGCCGCGCGGGCACCAACAAGUACCUGUACUUCGUGUGCGCCGAGCCGGGCCGGCCGUGGACGCGGCUGCCGCCCGUGACGCCCGCGCAGAUCGUGUGCGCGCGCAAGAUCCGCAAGUUCUUCACGGGCCACCUGGACGCGCCCGUCGUCAGCUACCCGCCCUUCCCCGGCAACGAGGCCAACUACCUGCGCGCCCAGAUCGCGCGCAUCUCGGCCGCCACGCACAUCAGCCCGCUCGGCUUCUACCAGUUCAGCGAGGAGGAGGGCGAUGAGGAGGACGAGGGCGGCGCGGGCCGCGACUCCUUCGAGGAGAACGCCGACUUCGAGGGCAUCCCCGUGCUCGAGCUCGUCGACUCCCUGGCCAACUGGGUGCACCACACGCAGCACAUCCUGCCGCAGGGCCGCUGUACUUGGGUGAACCCUUUGCAGAAGUCAGACGAGGAGGAGGAGCUGGGGGAGGAGGAGGAGAAGGGCGACGAGGGCCCGGAUGAAGUGGAGCAGGAGAUCGGGCCCCCGCUACUGACCCCACUCUCAGAAGAUGCAGAAAUCAUGAACAUGUCGCCCUGGACCACCCGCGUGUCCUGCACCCUCUGCCCGCAGUACUCUGUCGCCGUGGUGCGCUCCAACCUGUGGCCGGGAGCCUACGCCUUCGCCAGUGGCAAAAAGUUUGAGAACCUCUACAUCGGCUGGGGUCACAAGUACAGCCCGGACAACUUUAACCCGGCCCUGCCAGCCCCCGUUCAGCAGGAGUACGCGAGCGGCCCAGAGAUCACCGAGAUGAGCGACCCCACGGUGGAGGAGGAGCAGGCCCUGCGCGCUGCCCAGGAGCAGGCCCUGGCGGCCGCCGAGGACGAAGAGGAGGACGAGGAGGAGGAGGAAGGCGAGGACCUGGAUGACUGAAGCCUGGCAUGCCCAUCCCCCAAGCACACACACAGUAGUUUUCCCUUCCGCGUAGAUAGUUCUGGCUUGUAGUGUUUCACUGUCCUUGCUUCCUGCUCCUGGGGUGCAGUAGUAUAUGACAAA